AUGCUCUUUGCAGAGGACGAGUACGUUGAGCGAGUGUUCGAGGUGGAUGUACCGGAGGGCAUCACGCUUCCCGAUGUGAAGGACAAGUUGCAGCUCAGGCUGUACGGAUGGCCAAUGGGCUCCAGUGGUGCCAUCUGCUGGAGGGGUGCGUGGGCUUCGGUACACCUACUCCUCCGGGCAGCUGCGACUUUGCCCCAGCGGCGCGUGCUGGAGCUGGGUGCGGGCUGCGGUUUGUUGGCACACACGGCUGCACUCUUGGGAGCAGAGAGCACCGCCAGCGAUGGCAGCGAGGAUGAAGUUCCGCUUCUGGAAAAGAAUGCGGACGCCUUCAUCGACCGCAUGGGGCUCGGUGGAAGCCUCGCCGCCGCCCACCUGGAAUGGGGCCUGGCCCAUGCGGAAGAGUCAGCACUUUCCGAAAGGAGCUUCGACCUCAUCGUCGGCUCGGAAAUCGUGUACAUUCCGGAGUACAUACCUGCCCUGGCCGAGAGCAUCGCCUACUUGCUGGCUGAUGAUGGGGAAGCUGUGAUCGUCAACACUGCCGUGGCCACACGGACGACGCAGUCGGAGGCCCGCCAGCUUCUGA